GGAGCUGUUUUGCUUACAGUGAGUCAGGAGCUCGAGAAGAAGCGAAGUCGACCGAGGAUUCAGCCUAAAAUAUAACGCCUUUUAGUUCGUUUUUUAAAAUCUCGUUAAAGUGCAGUCAUGCCAUCCGACAGACCCUUCAAACAGAGACGGAGCUUUGCUGACCGUUGCAAGGAAGUGCAGCAGAUACGAGAGCAGCAUCCUAAUAAAAUUCCAGUGAUCAUUGAGAGGUAUAAGGGAGAAAAGCAACUCCCUGUCCUGGACAAGACCAAGUUCCUCGUCCCUGACCAUGUUAACAUGAGCGAGCUGGUAAAGAUAAUCAGGCGUAGACUGCAGCUCAACCCCACCCAGGCGUUUUUUCUUCUUGUCAAUCAGCACAGCAUGGUCAGUGUGUCCACCCCCAUUUCUGAGAUCUACGAACAAGAGCGAGAUGAAGAUGGCUUCCUCUAUAUGGUUUACGCCUCCCAGGAGACCUUCGGUUGCUAAGCAGGCCACUCGACCUUUAAGGGAGGGACAGCAGAAGGAGGGAGAGACGCCAAUAGGAAGCAGGCUCACACAAAUGUCCCUGUCUCUCUCUCCUUAUCAUCCCUGCUCCUUCCUUGCCGGUAUGAAACAAACAAACAAAAAACAAAAAAACGUUGAUUCUCCUCCAUGUGACACUACAGUGCAAACCACAGCACUACUGUAAACACUAUUCAGACCCUUCACCCCAUUUUAAACUUAGUUGUUUUUUAUAAGCUCAACGUAGGUAUUACACUGUUAAUGCUUCGUAUCUGGCCCCGGUUGCUUUUUUAGCCCUUGCAUUUUAUUCUUUUUAGGCAGUUAUGUCAAAUAAUAGGUAACACAUGUUGCUGUAAAUAGAUGAGAGUGUGGUUUUUUUUUUUCGUUGGUUUAAGAUUAAUUCGUUUUUUCUGUCUGUUUGCUUGUAGUUAUUACCCGUUACCAGACCUUAGUGGUGCUGGUGUAAGAUUAUAAAAUCUUACUUCAGAAUUAAGUGCUUAUUCAAACCAA